AUUGGCUAAUUCAGUUCUUCAGUAUUUUGACCAAAAUGGCAGUCGGCGUGGCACUUGUUCUCUGCGGGCUUCUGGCCAUCCUUAGCAGUGUUCAGGGUGGAGGAAAGACCCUGGUUCUCCUAGAUUCAAUGACUAUGCGAGAGUCGCAUUCGAUGUUCUUCAAAUCUCUACAGGAGAGAGGUUUUGACCUGACAUACAAGACUGCUGAUGAUCCCAACCUGAAGCUAAGCAGCUAUGGGGAAUACCUUUAUGAACAUCUCGUGCUAUUUUGCCCAUCAGUAGAAGAAUUUGGUGGAGAUAUUGGAGAAAAUACUUUAACAGAUUUUAUUGAUGAAGGAGGAAACAUUCUUGUAGCUGGUAGCUCAGAUAUAGGAGAACCAUUAAGAGAACUUGGAAGUAAUUGUGGACUUGAAUUUGAUGAAGAGGGCACAUCAGUUAUUGAUCAUCUUAAUUACGAUGUUAAAGAUGAAGGAUAUCACACAUUGGUUGUGGCAGAUUCAGAAAAUAUGAUUGAUGCUGAGACAAUUGUAGGUCCAAAAAGCAACAAGCCUGUCCUAUUCAACGGAGUUGGCCUUAUCGCCGACCCCGACAACCCCCUCAUCAUCGACGUCCUCCAUGCCUCGUCGUCCGCCUACUCGCACAACCCACAGGAGCCCGUGGAAGAUUACCCCUUGGCUGUGGGCAAGAACACCCUUCUUGUUGCUGCCCUACAGGCCAGGAACAACGCCAGGGUCGUCUUCAGUGGUUCCGUAGAUCUCUUCAGUGAUGCGUUCUUCCAGUCGGCCGUCCAGAAGGCAUCGUCAGGCAACAAGAAGUAUGCUGAGUCUGGCAACCAGGCCCUGGCGGUGGCCCUCUCUCAGUGGGUCUUCAAAGAGCAUGGCGUCAUCAGGGUUAGCCGUGUCACCCAUCACAAGGCUGGAGAGACCACCCCGCCUGCAUCAUAUACCAUUGAGGAUAAAGUGGAGUACAACAUCUGGCUUGACAUUUUGGUCAAUGGCGAAUGGCGUCCCUUCUCUGCCAAAGAUGUCCAAUUGGAGUUUGUCCGUAUUGAUCCAUUUGUUCGCACCUCGCUCAAGAGCAACAAUGGCCGUUUCUCCACAGUCUUCAAGCUUCCUGAUGUCUAUGGUGUGUUUCAAUUUAAAGUGGAUUACAAUCGCAUUGGCUACACUCAUCUUUUCAGCACCACACAGGUUUCGGUCCGUCCUUUUGAGCACACCCAGUUCGAGCGUUUCAUCCCGUCUGCAUUCCCUUACUACGCAAGUGCCUUCUCUAUGAUGUUUGGUGUCUUUGUCUUCAGUUUUGUAUUUUUACACCAUCGUGACAGCGACAAGAGCAAAAAGGAGUAAUCUGCCCCUGCCUCUUUCACUUCUUUUUCUUCGUUCUUUUAGAUAGUCCAUUCCUUUUCUUUUUUAUAUGCAUCCAGGUGUGGCAGAGGUACUUGUUGACUGUUUUGAAAAAAAAAAUAGAUGUGUGUAGAGUCUAUGGGGGUCUUUGUCAACUUGAUACUUUUUAAAAGUUUGAGUAACUCUGCCAACUCUGUUUGCAGUAAUAAUCUCUUGGAAAUAUCUUUAUAAAACACACUAGUCUUAUUAAUACAAAUAUAAUUAUAAAUACAUUGAGGAAGGGUAAAUAAGAGUGCAUUUUUUUUAUUCUUCAUUCUAACAUCUUUUGAAUAGUUAUAGAAGGGUUAUGAAUGGGUAAUGGAUGCAGAUAUAUUCUGAGCAGUAUUCUGGAUUAAAUUGAAAAGUUGAAUUUGGACAAAUCAAGGGUUAUUAUUUGUGAAUUUGCAUCAGCAUAUUCAUAGGAUGCAUUUUUUUCGUUACAUACUAAUGCCCCACUCUGCUUCCAAUUCUCACUACGGCUGCUUCAUACAUUAGUGAGGGCAGCAGCUCACAGUUCAAAAUUUUCUCACUCAUUUUACUUUUAUUUUAUUUUGGUUUGGGAUGUACCGGGUACAGGAAUUUUAUACUGAAGAGAGUAUUUACUUUUAGAAAACAUGAAUGUGCAGAUCCUACUCAUUCCGUUCGUAGGAGUAUUGUGGUCCAGCAUUUAAAAUUGGACAAAACCUCUGCAAUAUCAGCUGUCAAAUAGGUGUUAGGAACAUAUUUUUAGGUAGUACUUUAUCAAGCCUCUCUGUACAUUUUGCUCUUAUUAACGUUGUUUCUUUUGAAUUGAGGUCACAGCAAUUAUCUUAUGGUUCAUCGAGCAAACCUAUUAGCCAGGAUUCAUGAAGGUGAUUUUGAAUCCAUGGUUUAUGCAGGUCUCGUGGAUUGCUUGUGUUUAAUUCAGUGACUCAUUCGCAAUAGGGCACUGAAUGAAUAUUGCACGCUUUUAUCAUAGAAGAUACCACUCUAAAUGAGCACUCGUCAAGGUCAAGCCUUAAUGAGCCAACAACAGUUCAUGUAGAUUGAUUAAUACAAAAAGUGGACUCAUAUUAAUGAAAAUGAAGCAACUUGUGUUCAUCACUUUAGCAUGCUUCAAUGAAAGCACACAUUCAUCAUUUGAUGCUUUCUCAACAUGGUGAACUAAUUACCAAAUAGGGAAUUUUCACUAUUUGUAUGAAACUGUUGAAUAAUUUUCACUGUCAAAUUUGCUCUGAGCCAAUCAGCUGCGAUGGUUUUUCAGUAAAAAGUCACUGAUCAUGUCAUUUGUAAUAAUGUAUCGUGUGUCAUGGUCAUUAUGAUCUCAGAAUAUUUGAGGUAGGUAGACAUCGAUGCUGAAUCAUUUAGUGGAGUAGAAUUAUGGUAAAUGUUUGUGACUUUCCAUUUCUAUUUGUACAAUUUCUGUAAAGUAAAAAUUGAGUGGAACAUGCAAAUAGUUUUGCAUGUUUGUAUAAUUAUCAGCUUUUUUGGAAUAAAAAAUAUUUGCGGCAUGGUUGAAUAAAACAAAAGGCAUUCAGUAUGUUUGUCUUUAUGGACAGGUGGGUUGUCCAAAGGAA